CUUAAAAGUGACAGCUGCUACUUUUUAUGCCUACACUUGACUUGGCCAUAGUAAAUAUUUUCUCAAAACGCUGUUUUUUUCAAAUAACUUAAGCAAAAAGAACAAAAAUUACUCAAACAAAAUUAAAAACCAUCAAAUAAACAAUGGGAACUGAUGUAAUCAAAUCAUACGAUUCGCUCCAGCAAGAAUUAGAUCGUGCUAAAAACACUCUGGUGACUCUAAAUGACAAUAUUCGGCGCAUCAUAGGCCGCGACCCAAAGGAAACCAAUUUAAGGGGAGAUAGAAAGCGUCACUUAAACGACAGUCGCCGGAAAGACUCAACCAAUGAACGAUCCAAAAACCGUGAUGGAGGCGGGGGUGGUGGCGGCGGCGGCGGCAGUAGUCCUCCGCCUGCUAAACGGCGUAUUCAAGAUUCCAAAUCCGUGUUCAGUCGUCUUUCGGGUCCUUCACCGAUAGCCCCAUCAUUGCGCGACGAUGACGCACCCGUCAAACCGCGUAUCUUCUCCCGAGUAAUACGAGAGCUUCCGUCACGAGAAGAAAUCGUCACUGCACAAGGACCCGAUGCCGAAUCUCGUGCUCGUAAUCGUCGAAUGUUCGGCUCACUGCUGGGCACCCUACACAAAUUUUGCCAAGAAGAGUCUCGUCUCAAAAAGAAGGAAGAACAAAAGGCCAUGGUCGAGAAGAAAGUCGAAGAGCAAGAGAUCAAAGAACGCGCUAAUCUCAAAAAAGAACGCGAAUCGCUCUUCAUGGACCGCAAACGUAAACAGCUAGAAAUUCGCAAAAUUGAACUUAAGAUGUAUCGCCUCAAAGACUUCAAGGCUUGGGAGAAAUCCAAGAAGGAUCUAGUCCACUUCAUUCGGACCAAGUCAAAACCUCCCAUCUACUUUCGGCCGAAGGUGCUAACCAAAAAAACAGAAAAACUUUUAGCCGAAAAUCGAGCUGCCAUCGAGAAAGAAAUUGAAAAGAAACGUGCUGCUUUCGAUGAGGAAAUGCUAGAAAUUGAUAAUCGUUUCAAGUUGCGUGAAGACGAUCAACACCAUCACGAUUAUGAGCCGCACAACAACGGAGGUCCGAGGAAUUCAGCAAAGCACGAUCGUCAGAAAUCGAACCAUAUUGGUGACGAGGACGACGAUGACGAGGACGAAGAUGAGGAGGAUGACGAGGACGACGAUGAUAUUGAGGAGACGCAACAGCAAAAAGUACAAGAAAUAGAUAGCGAUCAUGAAGAGCGGGAAGUUAGUCGUGUCAUCAGCAGUAGUAAUCAUCAUCAUCACGAGGACCUGGCCUCCAUACAGAUUAAAAUUCAAAAUGACAUUAAAAAAGAAGAUAUCGAUCCAACCGAAUUAGAAACAGAUAAUUCCAAUGAAAGAACUUUGCCAAGCAGCAUCAUAAUUCCGAAUAAGGAAAUAAAGCGAUCUAUAGAAUGAUAUUCUCUUAAUAAUGGUGAACCAAAAUAACAUUGAUGACCAAAAUAUAUGUAAAGAUAAAUCUAAUUUGAGUGGAUUAAGAGAGAUUAACCAUCAUUUAUGUAGUAUUUUACAAAAUUAAACAUUGUAUAAUUGAAUUGCUGUUUCAUUAGAGCUAAUAAUUAUAUUAAGAAAAAGGAAACAAACAAAAACAAAAACAAAACAAAA